CCGGGGGCGCGCCCAGAAAGGGGUGGGACCUGGCCGGCUGCGCGCGCAGACGGCCAGUGUACGGGAGCAGUUCAAGAUGGCUGCGGCCAUGUUCUGGGCUGUGCUGAGAGGGUGGAGAACUGGCGUCCAGCCGGGCUGCGGGCUACGGCGGCUGAGCCAGACCCAGGGGCCUCCUGAUUACCCCAGCUUUGUGGAGUCUGUGGACGAAUACCAGUUUGUGGAGCACCUGUUACCCCCUACCGGCAUCCCAAAGCCCCCAAAGCACGAACACUAUCCCACUCCCAGUGGUUGGCAGCCACCCAGAGACCCCCCACCCAACUUGCCCUACUUUGUGCGGCGCUCUCGAAUGCACAACAUCCCCGUCUACAAGGACAUCACACAUGGCAACCGCCAGAUGACUGUGAUCCGAAAGGUGGAGGGGGACAUCUGGGCCCUGCAGAAGGAUGUGGAAGAUUUUCUGAGUCCACUGUUGGGGAAGACACCUGUCACCCAGGUCAAUGAGGUGACAGGUACCCUGCGGGUCAAGGGCUACUUUGACCAGCAGCUCAAAGCCUGGCUCCUGGAGAAGGGCUUCUGAGGCCCAGCUGAGCAGCCUGCAUGACAGCAUCCGCCACAGACUGGAGUCCAGGGGGGUCUCAGGAGGAGGGAGGUGGCUGUUGGAGCAACUAGGACGGGAGGUCUAAAUGUCAGGGCUAAGAGCUUGGGCAGGGCAGAGUCAGGGCUAAAGGGCUUCAGAGCAGGCCUCGCUCACAUUAAGGGGGAACGGGACCCUCUCCACAGGUGCUAGCAGUGAGGGAGGGCUAUCCGACAGUGGAGACCCUGCCUUCGUGGGAGCUCAUUGGGCCCAGCUGUUCAAAUUCUGGAGGUUGUUGACUGGUGAAAGUAAUAGCCCAAUCCAUUUUAGGGGAGGGGAGCACAGGGCAAGCCCACUGAGUACAUUUCUUCCUUGGCCCCCUCGGACCCUCACCACUGCAGACAUUCUCAAGCCCUUGCUCCAGGCCAGACCUGGUUUGGUGGAGGCUAUGGGGAACACAGAGGACUCAGGCGUGGGUCCCGGAGGUCUUCAGUUCCAAGCGCAGUGCUGGGCACAGGCAUAGAGGGCUCAUGUCAGCCCCUGGGCUCAUUCCUUUUACCCGUGGAGAAGUAGAAGGUCCCGUCACCUCGGCUCCAUUCUAGAGGAGGAGUUGGGCCUGACCGCAUUUUUAGCUCCGAGAAGUUAAGCGAUUAGCUUGAGCUGGUUUCUCCACAAGGGGGUGCUCAGGAGCGCCCAACAGAGCGAGCCUGCCUUCCUGGCUUGCUGGCCUGGUAUCAGGGCUGGACAGGGGCUCUGCAGGAAGAAAGAUGCUGGCCUUUUGCCCCUGCCAUCCCCAGCCAAUGAACCGUCCCGCUUGCCCCAUCCUUGGGAGUUACAAAGGUCAGAGGCCUGAGUUCCUACCCUUAUCCCACCCUCCAGCUGGUUAGGGACAAGGUUCGAAGCCUGGCUCCCCUACUUGUCCUCUGACCUAAGGCAGGGAACUUAACCUCUCUGGGACUCAGUUUCUUCAUAUGCAAAAUGGAGAUCUCUUCAUCAUAAGUUUAAUGACUUGUCUAAAGAAACCCACACCCCUGGGGACUCUGAAGUCGGCAGCCUGAGUAAGAAAGAGCAGCUUGGCACGUGGAUCCCGUGACUCCAGCUCCAGCAGUCGUUAAUGCGAGUCUUUAUUGGCUGUAUAUACAAUUUAAGCUAUUAAAAUUUGUACAAUAUUUACAAAUUAAAUAAUCAUCUGAAACUGUC